GAAAUUCGAGGCAUGGCAGUUACACAGGAUGUUCACAAAGUCGACUGGAAACUCGGUCGUUCAGAUGACAACUCAGAUUUUAGCUCACAUACAUUGGCCAAGCCUUCAUCAAAUUCCAAGGUUCGAUUUUCUUCACCUGAAGACUUUGUGCGUAAAUCAGGCGGUGUUAGAAUAAUUGAGAAGAUUCUGAUCGCGAACAAUGGUAUAGCAGCUGUGAAAUGUAUGCGUUCUUUACGAAAAUGGUCAUAUGCUACAUUCGGCAGUUCCGAUGUUUUACGUUUCGUAUGUAUGGCAACACCAGAAGAUAUACAAGCUAAUGCUGAAUAUAUCAAAAUGGCGAAUAAAAUGGUUCUGGUACCAGGUGGUUCCAAUGUAAAUAAUUACGCUAAUGUUGAACUAAUUCUACAAACUGCUGUAACUAAUGAAGUUGAUGCUGUGUGGGCUGGUUGGGGUCAUGCAUCGGAAAAUCCUCAAUUACCUGAUGUGCUCAGUAAACAUAAUAUUGCAUUUCUUGGGCCGUCGCAUCAGGCUAUGUGGACACUUGGUGAUAAGGUUGCUUCUACAAUACUUGCUCAAAGUGCUCAUGUACCCACUCUUCCUUGGAGUGGUUCUGAUCUAACUAUAUCACUUGAUCGAUCUGUCAAUGGUCACUGUUCUAAUAACGAACCAGAAACAAAUGAUAAUUUAACACUGAAUAUGGUCAAAUCUACUGGCCUACCACAGAGAUCAUCAUCUGUAUAUUCUCGUCUAAUAUCUGAAGAUUUAUAUCGUUCUGGUUGUGUGACAGAUUUGUCAAGUUGUUUGAAAUGUGCUGAUAAAAUAGGCUAUCCAGUAAUGAUUAAAGCUUCUGCUGGUGGUGGGGGUAAAGGAAUUAGAAAAGCGUUAACUAGUGCAGAUAUUGAACGUGUUUUUCCUCAAGUACAAGCUGAAGUACCCGGUUCACCUAUUUUUGUCAUGAAAUGUGCAACAUCUGUUCGUCAUUUAGAAGUACAAAUACUAUGUGAUAUAUAUGGUCAAGCAAUUAGUAUGUUUGGUCGUGAUUGUUCAGUUCAACGAAGGCAUCAAAAAAUUAUUGAAGAAGCACCUAUUAUUGUAGCUCCAAAAGAAAUUAUUGAAAAAAUGGAACAAGCUGCUGUACGUCUUUGUAAAUUAGUUAGUUAUGUUAGUGCUGGUACUGUGGAAUAUCUGUACGAUCCAGAUUCAAAUCAAUUUUAUUUCUUAGAAUUAAAUCCACGACUUCAAGUUGAACAUCCGUGUACAGAAGUAGUUGCUGAAGUGAAUUUACCAGCUUGUCAACUACAAAUUGCUAUGGGUAUACCUUUACAUCGUAUCAAAGAUAUUCGUGAACUUUAUCUAGCUUCUCCAUGGUCUGAUUCAAUUAUUGACUUUAAUGAUUCAACUAUUAAUCGUCGUCCACCUAGUUGCUAUGUCAUUGCUGCUCGUAUUACAAGCGAAGAUCCUGAUGAAGGUUUUAAACCACGUCCUGGUGGUGUAAGGGAAUUAAAUUUUCGAAGUAAUCAAUCAGUUUGGGGAUAUUUCAGUGUUAGUAGUGCAGGUGGUAUACAUGAAUUUGCUGAUUCUCAAUUUGGUCAUAUAUUCUCAGCAGGUGAGAAUAGAGAACAUGCACGCGAGAAUAUGGUUCUAGCAUUAAAGGAAUUAUCUAUUCGUGGUGAUUUUAGAACUACAGUUGAGUAUCUUAUCAAAGUGAUGGAAUCUGAAGCUUUUAUGAAUCACAAGAUUAAUACAGAAUGGUUAGAUGCACGAAUAGCACAAAAUGAUCAAGUUGAAAAACCAGAUAUUCUACUUGGUGUUAUAUGUACUGCUUUACAUAUUGCAGAUAAUUGUUUAAAACAAUUAUUUCUUAAUUAUGAAUUACAUUUAGAAAGAGGUCAAUUUCUACCCUCAAAAACUCUGACAAAUAGUGUUGACGUAACUCUGGUAUCAGAUUCUACGAAAUAUGAUGUUAAAGUUCUACGUACUGGACCAUCGAACUUUAGUCUUAUCUGUUGUGAUACUGUAUUAGAUUUCGAAGUGCAUCGUGUACCUGGUGAUGGUUUAUUAAUUUGUCAUGAAGCUGCUAGCUAUAUGACUUAUUGUCAUGAAGAAUCUCAAGGUUACCGCACGGUAAUUAACAAUCGUACGAUGAUGUUGUGUAAAGAAACUGAUCCAACUGUUUUACGAUCUCAUUCUGCUGGAAAACUUCUUCAAUAUUGUGUUACUGAAGGAUCACAUGUUUGUGCAAAUGAAGUAUAUGCUCUUAUUGAAGUAAUGAAAAUGAUAUUUGAACUACGUGUUCCAACAUCAGGUAUUAUCACUUUGAAACGUAUUCCUGGAGCUAUUCUUGAACCUGGUACAGAAUUGGCUCGUAUUGAAUUAGAUGAAUCGAGUCAAUUGAAACCUUUACAAAUAUUCAAUGGUCCCUUCACUUUACCUACUGAAUACAGUAGUGAUAUUAGUCAGCCAUCAUCUUCAUCAUCAUCAUCAUAUUCUCGAAAAUUAUUGUUUCUUCCACAAUCUAAUAUGGUUUAUUCAUCUACAAAUAAUAUUUAUCAAUCAUCUACACAAUCAAUUGAAGAGAUCAAAUCAAAUAUUCCUCAGCAUUUAAUUAAUAAUUGGAAAUGUCUUAAUACAAAAUCAAAUUGUCUAAUUGAUUCAUUAUCAUCUAAUAACAAUGGUAUUAAUACUGGAUCAAAUGACGAUUCAUUGUGUAUGCUUACGAAUUCAUUAUCAUCGAAUUCAGCUUCUUCAACUACAAAUGGAAAAUUACAUUUACAAUUUACUCAAUUAUUAGCAUCAUUAGAACAAAUUUUAUUUGGUUAUUGUUUAUGUGAACCAUAUUUUAGUAAAUCAUUAAUGAAAACUUUAAAUCAAUUUCUUACAUUGUUAUAUAAUCCACGUUUACCACUUCAUGAAUUACAAGAUACAUUAGCACAUUUAAAAGGUCAAUUACCAUCGAACAUGGAAAAAUCUUUACGUCAUCAUGCUAAACUAUAUGCAGAUCAAGCUACAUCUGUAUUAGCUAAUUUUCCUUCAGAAGCAAUUUUACAAAUAACAGAUGAAUAUUUAAAACAAAUUAAUCCUGGACAAUCAACAGAUUGUUCUGUACUAGAAUUUCAACGUAUUACUCAACGUUUAAUUGAUUUAGCUGAACGUUAUAAACAUGGUCUUCGUGGUCAUACUGUUCGUGUUAUCUCUCAAUUAUUUAUGGGUUAUGUUGUUAUUGAAAAACAUUUUCAACAUGGUCAAUAUGAUAAAUGUAUACGUCAUUUAUUAGCUAAAUGUCAAGGUUCAACACUAUGGGGUAAUGCACCAAAAUCUGGUAUAUGUCCUGGUGAAAAUACAAUUAUUGAAGAUGAUUUAUUAAAUAAUCUUACUUAUCAUUUAGUUCCAUUUAAUUUUCGUAAUUUAAUUCAACCAAAUUCUAUAACAGAUAUUGUUUCAGUGAUAUUUUCACAUAGACAAUUAACUAUGAAAAAUGUACUCAUUAUAAAUCUUAUUCAUUCAUUAGCUGAAAGACGUGAAUUAUGUAUGACUGAUCAUUUACAAAGUUGUUUAAAAGCAUUAACUGAAUUAGGUGGUUCAAGAAAUUCUAAAGUAGCAUUAGCAGCACGUCAAUUACUUAUUUCUGUUCAAACACCAUCAUAUGAAUUAAGACGAAAUCAAGUUGAAUCAAUUUUCUUGUCUGCAGUGGAUACAUUUGGUCAACAAGUACAUCCGGAAUUAUUAUUACAAUUGAUUAAUUCUGAAACAGUUAUAUUUGAUAUUUUAACAGAUUUUUUUUAUCAUCCAAAUCAUGCUGUGGCAAGUGCUGCAUUAGAGGUUUAUAUUAGACGUUCAUAUACAGCAUAUGAAUUAACCGGUGUUCAUCAUUUUCAAUUAUCUUGUGGUAGUUCAUUCUUUACAUUCAGAUUUUUGUUACCAAAUGAAUUUGUUUCUAAUUCUUCAAGUGUUCAUAAUAGACGUCCUUCAGAUUAUCAAAGAAAUCAUAAUUUAGAACAUUCAAUUGAUUCUCCAAUAGUUGAAAAUAUUCCAACUUAUCAUAUAUCUUCAACAUUAUUCAAUGUAAAUAAUUCUGAUUCACAACACUAUACUACUUCAUCAGAUACCACCUCUAUUACGAAUCAAAAAUCAACAAUGAUGAAUAAUUUUCAAAGUAUGAUUGAUAUUGAUACUACUCCUUUAUCUGGUGAACGUAUGGGUGGUAUGACAGCAUUCAAUUCUUUAAGUGAUUUGGAAGAAUCAUUCGAUGAAUUUAUUAGAUUAUUCAAUUCAGCUUGUAAAGAAGCUAAAAGUAUUCAUACUUCAUUAUCUGAACCAAUAUUUGAUUAUUCUCGUCAAUUCACUUCUGAUAUUGUUCAUCAAAAAUCACAGAAUAAUAAUCAUCAUCAUCAUAAUAAUAAUAUUUCAAAUAAUGAAACAAAAUUGAUCAGUUUUCAAGAUCCACCUUAUCAUACAUAUUUCAAUAGAUUUAACAAGACUGAUCCUCAAAGAGAACCAAUUCAUAUAUUAAAUAUUGCUCUGCGUCAAUCUACAUAUAGAUACAUACAACCUACUCGCAUAUUAUCAUCAUCGAAUGAUGAUACAUCAAUGUCGUCAAAAUCGAGACCUUCUGGAUUCACUAAAAACUCAUUGCUACUACCUGAUUCAGUAAUUAAUGAAACAAGUGAUGUGACACAUUUAGAAGAAUUCUGUUCUCGUCAUGUUGAUCAAUUACGAGCAUCUGGUAUUCGAAGAAUUACUUUCUUAGUUGUUAAGACACGUGAAUUCCCACGAUUGUAUACUUUUCGUGCACGUGAUAAUUAUCGAGAAGAUCGUGUUUAUCGGCAUUUAGAACCAGCUUUAGCUUUUCAGUUAGAAUUAAAUCGAAUGAAAAAUUAUAAUCUUGAACAUUUACCAACAUUAAAUCGUCGAAUGCAUUUGUAUUUAGGUUGUAGUAAGAUAAAUGGAAGAAAAGAUGUAGUAGAUUAUCGUUUCUUUGUUCGUUGUAUUAUUCGUCAUGCUGAUUUAGUUUCACGUGAAGCUUCAUUUGAAUAUCUUCAAUCAGAAGCUGAACAAAUUCUUUUAGAAGCAAUGGAUGCUUUAGAUUUAGCCUCAGGACAUCCUGAUGCUAGUCGAACAAUGGGAAAUCAUAUAUUUUUAAAUUUUGUUCCUGUAUUACUCUUAGAAGAUAUUAAUAGAUUAAAGUCAACAAUUAGAAAAGUUGUAAUGCGUUAUGCUCGACGUUUUCUACGUUUACGUGUAUCUCAAGCAGAAUUAAAAUUACAUAUACGAUUUCAUGCAUCUGAUCCUAUUGUACCAAUUCGUGUUAUGCUUCGUGAUGAACAUGGUUAUGAUUUAGGAUUAGAUGUUUAUCGUGAAAUAUUAGAUCCAAUAACUGGUAUUUAUAUUCUACAAUCGAUAAGUCCACCGAAUGGUAAAUUAAAUGGACAUCCAGCUGUUACAGUACAUGAGAAUAAAGAUUUUUUUGAAGUUAAACGUUUUCAGGCCAGAAAAUUUAACACCACUUAUGUUUAUGAUUAUCCUGCAUUAUUAGCUCAAGCUUUAACUGGUGUAUGGCAAAGUUAUUGUCCUUAUAGAAAUCAAAAACAUCAUAAUCAUAUUAUAAAUGAUUCAUUAGAUAAACCAAUAUCCUACUUAACUAAUAAUAAUAAUAAUGCUUUAUCAAAAUUUCAUAAUUUAAUCCCUUUAAAUAUACCAGAGAAUUUAAUAAUUACAUGUACUGAAUUAUCAUUAGAUAAACAUGGUAAUUUACAACCAAAUACAAAUACUUUAGGUACAAAUGAAAUUGGAAUGGUUGUCUGGUAUAUGGUAUUACGUACACCAGAAACUCCAUCUGGUCGUCCAAUUAUUGUUAUUGCAAAUGAUGCAACAGUUAAAGCUGGAUCAUUUGGUCCUGCAGAAGAUUUAACAUUUCAUCGUGCUAGUCAACUAGCUCGACAUUUUGGUAUUCCACGUAUUUACUUAGCAUCGAAUACUGGUGCACGAAUAAAAAUUGCUGAAGAUAUUAAAAGUGUAUUCAAUAUUGCUUGGAUUGAUACUGAACAUCCUGAAAAGGGUUACAAAUAUUUAUAUUUAACACCCGAUGAUUAUUAUCGUUUUAAAUAUGAUGAAUCUGUGAAUUGUGAAAAAAUUGAAGAAAAUGGAGAGAUACGUUUUAAAAUUAUCGAUAUAAUUGGCAAAGAAUAUGAUAUGUCUGCGGAAAAUCUUCGUGGUUCAGCAAUGAUUGCUGGUGAAACAUCUGCAGCGUAUGAUGAUAUAUUUACUAUUACAAUUGUUACAAAUCGUGCUAUCGGUAUUGGAGCUUAUUUAACACGUCUUGGUCAACGAGUUAUUCAAGUGAAUAAUUCACAUAUUAUAUUAACUGGUGCAAUGGCUCUUAAUAAACUUCUUGGCCGUGAAGUAUAUUCUAGCAAUAGUCAAUUGGGUGGUGUACAAGUGAUGGCAACUAAUGGUGUCUCUCAUUUGGUUGCAUCAGAUGAACUCUCUGCUUUACAAUUAGCUAUUGAAUGGCUUAGUUAUAUACCUCAACGUCCAAAUGAAACAUUUUCUGUUUUAUAUAAACCAGUACAAAUUGAACCAGGACAUAAUUUCAAUAGAAAUAAUUUAGCUAAAAUUGAAAUCUCAUCACAAUUAAAAGUUCAUCAACCGAAAGUGAAUAAACGAACUGAUUUUUAUUUACCAUUUGAUCCUAUUGAUAGAAUUGUUGAAUAUAUACCUAGUCGUGAUCGACCAAAUGAUGAUCCUCGAUGGAUGUUCACCGGUAUUAUGAGUUCUCAUUUCGAGGCAUUUUGUAAGUCCUCCAGUAAACAGUCUUCGUCAUCUGACCAACAAUUUGAAAAUGCAAAUACCGAUCAUUGGAUAUCAGGAUUUUUUGACUGGGGAACAUGGCAAGAAACAUUGUCAUCAUGGGCUGCCGGAGUUGUAACUGGUCGAGCACGUUUAGGUGGUAUCCCCUGUGGUGUUAUCACAGCGGAGACAAGAUCUGUUGUUUGCCGUGUACCUGCUGAUCCGGCUAAUUUAUCCUCUGAAGCACAAAUUGUUAAUCAAGCUGGUCAAGUAUGGUAUCCUGAUUCAGCGUAUAAAACUGCACAAGCUAUUGCUGACUUGUCACGUGAACAUUUACCUUUAUUCAUUUUUGCCAACUGGCGAGGAUUUUCUGGUGGGAUGAAAGAUAUGUAUGACCAAGUAUUAAAAUUUGGUUCAAUGAUUAUUGAUUCAUUACGUCGUUACACUAAACCAGUUUUUGUCUAUCUUCCACCAAAUUCACAAUUACGUGGUGGUGCUUGGGUUGUAGUAGAUCCAGCAAUUAAUCCAGAUUUUAUGGAAAUGUACGCUGAUCCAAUAUCAUCACGAGCUGGUGUUCUUGAACCUGAGGGUACAGUUGAAAUUAAAUAUCGACAAAAAGAUUUAAUUGAUACUAUUAAUCGAUUAGAUAAUUCAUGUAAAUUAUUAUUAAAAGAAUUAAAUCAUUUAAAUGAGCAUACAAACAAUUUGUCAAUGAAUAAUGAUUCAGAAUACAAUACAAAUUUAUUGAAUAUUUCCAUAGAAGAACAUCGUCAACAACUUCGUACUGCAUUAGAAUCUAGACAACAAGAAUUAUUACCAUUUUAUCAACAGGUGGCUUGCAAAUUUGCUGAUUUACAUGAUACACCUGGUCGUUUAUUGGCUAGAAAACUUGUUCGUCGAUUAGUCGAUUGGUCAUCUAGUCGUAGUUUUUUUUAUACACGUCUUAGACGUCGUCUAUUAGAAUUAUCCGCAUUGAAUCUUAUCAAUGGUGUAUUAUCAAAUAGUUCUGAUCAAUAUCCAAUUGAUAUGAAGUACACUACUACUAAUCAUAAUGUACCAGUUUUAAAUUUUAAUUGUGAGACUAAUAAAAGUAAAGAGAUUUCAUUGAAAGAAGAAGAGGAGAUGGUGUCUAAACAAUCAUCAGUUAGUAAACUUCUACGUGUUGAAAGUAAUCAUAGAAUACGUUUUGAUUCAGAAAGUUUAACACAAACUGUUACAACUAAUGAUCUACCCAAUAAUUCCGAUGGAAGAUAUUCACUUUCUACAACUACCUUGAAGUCUACCGUUUGCAAUAGAGAAGAUGUUGCUAAUAUAAUUGCUAAACAAGUUCCUAAUUUAGCUAUUCGUUACACCUAUCCUACUGAUUAUAAAAUGUCUCUAUUAAAAGAAUGGUUUAUUGAAGCAUUGAAUAAUACUCAUUCUAAUGCAAAUGAUUAUGAUAUAUGGGAUAAUAAUGAUUUACUUAUUGGUAAUUGGUUAGCUAAUGAAUUAAAUUGUAAUGAAUUAUGUGAAUUAGCAACGAUUGAAACCAUUGAAGAAUUAUAUUCUACAGAUCUAUUCAUUCAUUGUCUUUCAUUUACUUCAGUGAAUCAUUUCCAUAGAAAUAAUCAUAAUAUUAAUUUACAAUUAUUUAAUAAAAAUAUUAUUCAAACAAAAAUUCAACAAUUACGUCAAGUAUAUUUUAUGGAACAUAUGAAACAAUCCCUUAUUCAUAGUUCACAAUUAUCAUCGAAUGAAUUAACUACAUUAUUUCAAACUGUACUCACUUCAUCUGAACGUUAUCAUUUGGCUAAACUUCUUUUAUCAGAUUCUACACUAAAAAUGGAUGAUCAUAUUAACAAUAAUCAUAAUAAUCAUAAUGAUGAUGAUGAUAAUAAACAAAAUGUAAAUGAUUGAAAAAUCAAUAACUCUCCUUUAUUACAUCAUAAAAAGGAUCAUUGAUAUUUCUGUGAUCUUUAUUGAUUUUUUUCUUCUUCUUCUUUGAUUAGAUUGUGUAUUCGUUUCACCUUAAUUAUCGAUUCAUCAUCAAUUAGGCUUGUAAAAUUCUUAUUUCUAUCAUAACAAUAUUACUUUCAUGUUUCUGAUGUAAUUGACUUAUUCUCUUUCAUAUUAGUACAUCAAUAAGGAAAGAUCGAUAAAGAGAGAGAGAGAUGGGGGAGGGGGGGAAUCGAGAACAUUUACUCCAUGAACUGAGCAAAUGAAUUCAAUAAUACUUUUGAUCCUUAUAUUAAUGUAUGUUAAUGAUUUGCUCACUGUCUAAUAUAUAUAUAUAUACCUUCAUAGUUGUUUAUAGUCUUAAUUACUGCUGAAUAAAAUUUCACUUAGAAACUGUAUAAAAUACGUACUUAUGUAAAGAAGAAGAAGAAAAAAAAUCGUUAUUCUUGUAAUUUACAAACACCUACCCACCCACCCACUCACACAUACACAUACAUGACAACAAUAUUUAUACCCAUUUGAUUAAGAUUUCAUUCAAGUUGUAAUGUUUUAUAGUUUUCUUUGUAUCACUGUCUACUUUUUGUGUUUUCCAUGAGGUUUACUUUUCUACUUCGGUUCCAUCAUUUCGAUCUUUUGUUUAUUCUGUUCUCUUGUUGUUGUUGUCAUUCUACACUUUCUCUUGUACAAAACAAUCAAGAAGAGAGAAAAGAAAAAAAAAACAAAUAACUGAGAGAAAAGACAAUUCAAUGAUAGAAUUGAAAUUACCCCCCCCCCCACGCCCUUACCUUCCGCUACGUAUACAUUACGUAUGUGAUUCCAUUCAUUCCAAUAUCAUUGUUAUAAUGCCUAUUAACCUAUUUUAAUGCUUAUAACCUGUAUUCAAAUAAAUCAUUUUCAUUGUAUGUGUUAAAUACAAGAUAUUUAGUUGCU